AUGAGCAUUGAAAUUAAUACAAACUAUGAAAAUUAUUUAAAUUCACUACAACAACGUAAUAAACAACGUAAAUUAUUAAAUCAAAAAACGAAUGAUGAUUUAAUGAAAGAACGUUUAGAAAAAGGUUUUCAAUUAUAUUUUAAUGCAGCUACAAAAUAUUUAAAAAAUAAUUCUUAUCCAUAUCAUGAUACUACUUAUCAUAAAUUAAAGAAUAAACAUUAUAAAAGUAGUACAAAUAGAAUAACUAAAAAAAUUCAACGUAAAACAUGGGGUGAUAUUUAUAUACCAUUUUAUCCAAAUAUAUCAAUAAUUAAUAAAAAAAAUCAAUCAUUAUUACAAUUAUAUUAUCCAAAAUCUAUAUUAUGUAAGAAUUUACUUCGAAUUACGUCAUCAUCCUCAUCCUCAUCAUCUGCAUCAUCAGCAGGAGCAUCAGCAGGAGUAGGAGUAGCAUCAACACCAACUUGUAAACAAAAUAAUGAAUCCAUGAAUGAACUAAUAAUAAAUCAAUCAGAAAUAGAACAAUUGAAUCAGAUUAUAUUUCAUUUAGAUAUAUAUAAUAAUUGGGGUAAUCAAUUAUGGAUUGGUUUAAAUGGUAUUGAAAUCUUAUUAAAUCAUUCUAAAUCAAUGAAAAUCUAUCCUAAACGAAUCAAUAUUUAUAAAAUUAAUCAAGAAGAUAAUACUACUACUACUACUACUACUACUAAUGAUAAUAAUAAUAAUAAUAGUAGUAGUGGUCCUUCAUUAUCCAUUGCAAAUGAUCAUCUAUUUAAAUCAAUAUAUGAUAUCAAAACUGAUCAAGAGAUGUGGAUCACUCAUAUUGAUCAUUUACCAUUACGUAUUGAAUUUAUGUAUUUAUUAAGCCAAUUUACAUUUCAUGAUCUAAUUACAUUAAAUCUAUGGAAUUAUAUAAAUUCAGAUCUAAGUAAUAUUGGUGUGAAACAAUGUCAUCUUUAUGUUAUUUAUGAUAAGAAGACAUUUACAUUAUAUCAUGAUAUUCUACCAAAUACCAAUGAUCAUUCUAUGGAAAUGUCUGUCAUUAGUAUCAUGUUCAAGAUUAGUGACAUAAUAUCUUUUGAACAAUUUCAUAGCAUUACAAAAUUAUUACAUCAUAAUGAUGAUCAUUUGAAAGAAUCUUCUUUGAAACGGAAUAGAAAUCAAUCUAUUGAUAAGGAUAAUCAAUUCAGUGAUAAUAUGCAAACUAAAUUCAAUGUAUGGUUUUCUAAUUCAUAUAAUCACGAUACUACUAUGACUACUACUACUACUACUAGUAGUAGUAGUAGUAGUCAUACUACUGAAAUAAAUUUUUUAUCUAAUGUCAAUGAAGAUUUAUUAUUAAAUAAUUCAUUAAAUCAAAUCCAUAUGAAACCUUUGAUUCAUAAAUAUCAAUAUAAAGAUGAAUUCAAUAAAGAUAAAAAAUCUAAAAAAUCAUGGAAUUUAUUAGAUAUUUUUAAUGAUUAUGAUAAAGAUCGAAGUUCUAUGAAUAAUAACAACAACAACAACAAUGACGAAGAUGACAAGCACAGUAACAACGGUAACAACGGUAUCAACAACGAGGAUAAUAACAACAAAAACAACAACUAUAGCAAUGAGGAAGACCACAUGAACAAUAACAAUGGUAACAACGGUAACAACCACGACGACAACAAUAACAACGACGAAGACGACGUCAACAACAACAGUAAUAAUGACAACGAUCCGUCUUAUUAUAUCUAUAAUGAAAUAAAUAAACAACAACAAUCUAUCAUAUAUUAUCCAUUAAGACUAACUACAAAAAUGAUUAGUAUCCCUGAAUUACCAUUUGGUUAUAAAUUAUUAUUUGAUAUUAUAUCUACAUGGGGUGAUCCAUAUUAUGUUGGUUUAAAUGGUAUUGAAAUAUUUUUAUCCAAUGGUAUGAAUAUAACAAAAUUAUGUCAUAUAACAACUAACUUAUCAGAUGAGUCCAAAAUGAUCACAAAUUUAAUUGAUGGUAUUAAUUGGACUAAAAAUGAUAAACAUAUGUGGUUAACAACAUUUGAAUUAGAUAAACGACAUUUAAUUGAGAUGACAUUACCUAAAUGGAUUCAAUCAUCUAUUGGUUUAAUACGUAUAUGGAAUUAUAAUAAAUCUUGCAUAGAUUCAUAUCGUGGUGUAAAAGAUUUAAUCAUCUAUUUAGAUAAUCAACCAAUAUUUUAUAAUGAAAUACAUAAAGCUACCGGUUUAAAUGAUGGUCAUUUAGAAGAUUUUUGUGAAACUAUUUUAUUUUCUACAGAUAAUAAUAUAUUAAAUUUAAUUGGACAAAAUGAUAGUUUAUUGAAAUGUAAACAAGAUUAUAACAAUGAUGUUACCAUGGUAACAAAUGAGGAAACAUUGAAUAAAGAACCGAUGACAGAUAACUCUAUGGAUGAUGUAAAUGAGAAUGAUUUAUUAUCUAACGCAUUAUCACAAUUAACUAUUAUAGAUAAUGAUGAUGAUUUACAAAUAACUAAAACAUAUUAUAUUGAAAUGACUUUACUUGAACCAUGGAUUAAAGAAUCUAAAUAUAUUGGAUUAACAGGGAUUGAAUUUUUAGAUAAACAUGGAAAUCCAAUUCAAAUCCAAUCUGUAUCCUUAAAUGAUGAUGAUGAUGAUGAUGAUGAUGAUACAGCUUUGUCGACUGAUGGUAGGAAUAUAAAAAAUUUAUUAAAUACAAAAAAUCAUACUACUAAUCCUAAUGAUAUGUGGUAUACUGUAUAUAAUCCUAAUUUAUCCCCUCCAAUAUUAAGAUUUUAUCCUAAACUAAACAACAAUUCAUUAUGUUUAUCGUUUGUCAAUUCUAUACGUAUAUGGAAUUAUAAUUAUCGUCAAAUUGGUUAUGAUUAUAGUUGUAAAUUCAUAAAUAUUAAAUUGAAACAAUCCAAUUCAAAUGAUUCUAUUCUAAAUGAAUUAACAAUUUUAUUAAGAAAAGCACCAGGACAUUUAGAAUAUUCAUUUGAACAAAUGAUUAUAUUCACAGAUAUAAAAAUAAAUUAUACUGACUUACAUAGCUUAAUAAUCAGGCAUAAAUAUAAUCAUUUACCAAUAGGAUUUGUAUAUCAAUUCAAUAUAUACUCGAAUUGGUCUAAUCAAUUCUAUGUUGGUUUAAAUGGUAUACAAUUAUUAUCUGAUGAUGGCAAUAUUAUACCAAUACAUAAAAAUCAAAUAUAUACCUAUCCAAAUUCAUUAGAUACUCUUUAUAGUAAUAAAUCAUUCUAUUCUCAUAUAUGUACAGUGGAUAAAUUAGUGGAUAAUCUAAUUACUACUAAUUAUAAUCUUAUGUCUAAACAUUGUUGGUUAACUUCAAUGAUACCAAAUGAGAUUAAUAAAAUUUUUAUUGUAUUUCAUAAACCAAUUUGUAUUGUUGGUAUACGUUUAUGGAAUUAUAUGAGAAUACCAGAAUAUGGUGUCAAAGAAUUUACUAUAUUAAUUGAUGAUCAAUUAAUAUUUCAUGGUUAUUUACCAAAAUUUCAAAAAGAUUUCGAUUUUAAAUAUGAUCCUAAUUAUAAACAUGAUCCUGAUCAGAAAUUUGAUCGAAAAAAUGAACAAAAAUUAUUUUGGACAAAUAAUGAACAUUCAAUAAGAUCCUCUUAUUCUAUUGUAUCAUUUGAUAAAGAUAUUUUAAUUAAAUUAGGUGAAAAUCCAAAUUGUAUAUUAAAUAUGCAUAAAUCAUCAAAGUAUAAUAAUAAUAAUAAUAAUAAUAUAAAAGAGAUUGACAUGAUUCAUGAACCAUCUAAUUAUUCAACAUAUACUUCAAGAUUAAAGAGAAUCAAACAAACACCUAGACCAUCAACAUGUGUUACCGAUAAAGAGCGAUUUAAGGAUCAAGUAUAAAAUGUUUUAUCCUCUUUUGUUUGUUUGAAUAUAAGCAAAAUGAAAAUAAAAAGGCAAUUCAAUCUAUGAUCCCGGUAUUAUAUAACAGUAUAUAUUCCGAAAAAUCAAAAUAUUUAUGACUUAUAUUUUAACUACUCAUGAG